CGGUUAAAUUAUGAUUUGUUCUUUCUGAGUUCGCAUUUAUUAUUCUUAAAGCACACAUCGACGCCGGUGUCAUGUGAGGCUUCUAGUUUAUUUAAAAUCACACCUUUUUCAAUUCUUUACACCCUCAUCAAAAUCAAUCUUUAGUGAUUAUUGAAAUUCUAAAAUAUCGUUGCAAUCAAAUCAGAAGACAUAACCUCAAAAGUAUAAUCUGUAUGUUGUGUUAAAUUCUUAAGCAAGAUGGAAUAUGAUCAGCAAGUUGCUUGUAGUCUUUGCUAUUUUACUGGGACUGAGCAGGAGUACGAGGCACAUAAAACUUGUGCUUUGCAUGGGUUUAACUUUAUAUUGAAGUACUUCUCGGAUAAAAGAUCAUCUAUAGUCAAAAAUCGUCAUGGAGUCAUCAUCGAGACAGUUUGUUGCAAUCAAAAUGUUUCACACAUGGAUAAUCUGGGAACAAAUACCAUUACUUUGGGAAGGAAUGAUAUAAAUUUGAGCACCACGAUCGAGCUAGAAUAUAGAAUAGUAAAUUAUCGAUCGAAAGGAAUUGUUUAUUUAAGAAAUGUCCUGCAACUUCAUCCACAGCCAAAUUUUAAAAUGUUUCAUAAACGUCAAGAACACAUGGAAAAGAAUUGGGAUGAUAAUAUUAUAAAGAUCCGUCCCAAAAGGGAAUAUAUUGUCAGAUUAACAUUUUCUGGACCUGUGAAACACAUUAGUACGUACAGAAUGCCGCUGGCUUUUGUAUUCCAAAUUGAAACAGAAAGAACAUUUACUUUGAUUCGUGAAAUGGUUGUCGUCAUCGAAGAUGUAUCCAAAGACGAAACUGCUGAACAGAGAAAUAAUAUUAGAAAGAUAUACACAGGAAAGUCUUGGAUUAGUUCAGAAAUUGUUCCUGCUAACCUUACGAGUGACUUGGAUAAAGAAUAUAUUGUGCCAAAGAUUUAUCGAAAACCUAUACUGAAAUUUCUUAAGUUCGCAGAACUCAAAUUGGGUAAAAAAGAUUUAAUGAAAUUGCGAAAGUUUGAGAAAUUAUAUGAUGUCAAUGGAAUCGGCAUGACGAGAGAUAAUUACCUCUUUUAUUGCACAUGCCUGAUGUGGAUGGAAGAAAUUACAGAAGACAGAGAACUUCGGAAAUAUAACAUGGAAGCGGUAACCAUGAUCGUGUCUCCCAGUCCCAUGAAUGCCAAUGCCACUCUCGAAGUGCCAGGUUUGGCAGAAAAGAGACCCUCUCUGGUGGUCGGGGACCGGGCACAUGUCAGAAUCCAUCAAGAGGAUCCGACUAAAUACAGAGGCUGUCGCAUCUACGAAGGAGUCAUUAGUAAAGUUCUAGACACUGCUAUUGAAAUCGAUGAAUUUAAUAAAGAUUUCCUCGAUGAAGUAACGAGCAAGACAUUGGUGGAUGUCAGAUUCAUCAUGUCUCGUCUCAGAUAUCAACGGAUACACAGGGCUCUGUCUUAUUAUAACAAUUUUGUCGACAGGCUAUUUCCACGAGCUUUGGAUAGACAGAAGGUUCAGAAUGAAAAUUUUAUUAGUUCAAGAGCUCAUGGUUCAGGAGAUGCAAAUAGUAGCAAAUCAGUAAAUUAUGAUGACACGAGUACUAGUAUAUGUAAUGGUAUCCCAAAUGGUGAAGGCGAAAAUUGGGAAAUAUCAACGUCACCGAAGAAAAAGCAAAGAAAUAGAAUAUACAGGGAAAACAGAAGUAACAGUACUAGCAAAUGGAUUACUGAAUUCGAUUACAUGAACAAGCUAAUUUGUGACAACAAGGAACAGAAAGUGGCCAUCGAGAACAUUGUGAACAAAUCCUCAGGCAUUGCUCCUUAUAUUCUAUUCGGGCCACCUGGUACAGGCAAAACUGUAACGAUUGUUGAAGCUAUUGUGCAAAUAAUCAAACACGUUGAGAAUCCUAAAAUAUUGGUCUGUGCACCUGCAAAUAUGGCAUGCGAUAUGCUGACUUGUAAAUUGAGACCGUACUUUAAUCGAGGGGAACUGAUUCGGAUACAUUCGGCUAACAGAGAAUUUGAUUCCAUACCCAAAGAGAUAUAUGCGUACAGCAAUUUGGAAUUAGAUCCAAUUAAUGGAAAAGCUUGCGGGGCUGUCCAAGUCAAAACUUCUGCAUUGUGUAGUGGCAAUUACAAAGUUGUCGUCUGUACGUUGAUGUUGGCAGGAAAAUACACAAAACCGACUAAGUUUUUGAGAGACGAAGAUCUUAAAUUCACACACCUCGUCAUUGACGAAGCAGCUCAAUCGAUGGAAACAGAAACUCUGAUACCAUUGGCUGGACUCUUGAAGGAAGACGGUCAAAUGAUAUUGGCUGGUGACCCGAAACAACUGGGACCCAUCUGCCAGAGUCAUACCGUUAAGAACAUUGGACUGGGUAUAUCGUUGAUGGAAAGGUUGAUGUUGACCAAUAAACUGUACGAAAGCAAAGCCGGACACAGAGAUGAAAAGUACAUCACAAAACUGGUUAAGAACUUCCGUUCCCAUCCUGAUAUUAUUAAAAUACCAAACAAAUUUUUCUAUGAUAACGAACUACAGCCUUGUUCGAAAAAAGCAUUAUCGGAUCCUAUUGUCAAAUGUGAUGUGUGGGAUGAGUUAUUAUUCGGUGGAGAAGCUAUCGAAUUUUAUGGAGUCUCGGCUAGUGAAUGUAGACAAGGACACUCACCGAGUUAUUUCAAUAUGAUGGAGAAGGACGUUGUCAUAAAAUACGUACAGAAAUUACUCAAUGAAUUUGGAAAUACGAGAAGAAUGAAUCCCCCAGUAAGAGGAACUGACAUUGGGAUCAUAUCGCCUUACAUUAAACAGGUGUACAAAAUCAAAGUUUCAUUACAAAGGAUGGGAGGCCAAUUCAGAGACAUUGAAGUUGGCAGUACGGAAGCAUUUCAAGGACGAGAGAAACGAAUCAUGAUCAUAUCUACGGUCAGAGGACGAUCCGAAUUACUCGAGUACGACAAAAGAUACAAUCUUGGGUUCUUGGUUGAUGAAAAGAGAUUCAACGUAGCACUGACAAGAGCCAAAAGCAAACUGAUAAUCGUGGGUAAUCCCCUGUGUCUAACCUACAACGAAUAUUGGCUCUCGUACAUCGCAGAGUGCGACAGUUUGAAAAGAUAUUUGGGCUAUCGACACGAAAAACGUAAUUCGGUUGUUAUGGACUACAUUGAAAGGAAUCUGCGAAAGAUUAAAAUCAGGGAAGAAAUACACGAACAACCGGCUGCUGAUGGUGCUGGUGGUUCUGGUGGUGCCACUUUGGUCAACGGCCAGUGAUAAAAAAUUGUGAUUGAUAAG